AGUCUGGGCAUUGUAAAAUGUGUGUAUGAAUUACAGUACGGCGAUGGUUAUGGGCCACCGCCCACGGCAUCGGAUGUAUAUGCCGGUGCAGGUACCGAUCCAGCAGCAGCAGCAUCGCUCGGUUACUUCAGUAUGGGAGCGUAUCCGCCGGUUGGCUCCGCACCACCGACAAUGCUAACCGAUCCGCUCAAUGAGCAAAUGAAACGGGAUAAGGAGGCUAUCUACAACCAUCCGUUAUUCCCGCUUUUAUCGUGCCUUUUCGAGAAAUGCGAGUUGGCGACUUGUACUCCUCGGGAUCAGAACAAUCGGGAUAGUGCUGCAACGUCAACCUCAUCUGCCUCUUCCGCAAAUGAUGUAUGCUCAUCGGCAUCAUUCAAGGACGACCUAGCCGAUUUUGCUAAAAUGGUUAGCCUUGGCAUGGCAGAUGCAAAACGAAAAACCGUUUUAUGUGCCGAACCCCGAAGUCGACACAUUGGUAUGUUGUGUCUCUUCUUUGUCUCCUACACCACAUACAGUACGAUGUUACAAUCAAUACAAGUGCUACGUUUCCAUCUGUUGGAGCUGGAAAAGGUUGGUUGCCAUUUUCCGGAAUAA